AUGAGUGUAAUUUUUUUAUUCCUCGUACACUCGCAUGUUUCUUGAUUAAGUUGUGUUCAUCAGCAUUCGUUUAUUUAUUUGUUAAUAAUUCACAAACAACGUGAUCUCAUUUGUUGUACGAGCAGCACUGGAAUGUGUUCGCUGCGGCGCGUGCUGGCCGGGGAGGAAUGCCUUGACCACGCCUCCCCUCCUCCCUGGCGUCCAAUCAGGGCGCGGGUACCGUUUCAAGGCGCCCGCGGAGUCCCAACCGUAGAAAAACAAAACCUGGGAUAACAACAAAACUCUCGUUUUACACCCAACUACGAACCAGAAUUCGUUUUUCCGCGCUAGAUCUUCCGUACGCGAUCGAUCCUCGCUGUUUUCCGUCGCUCCUAGUGGCCUCUCGGGCGAUGUUGUUUAUCUGUAGUAACGGGGGGCUUGAAACCGCCCUCCCUUGCCCCAUUUCCUCGGUUGUUUUCCUUCUCUCGCCUGGAUUCUCCAUGUUGUUGCUGCAAAAGUGAGGACUCUCAAAAGAGAGGGGGGCUUCUCUGCGAUAUUACCAGCAAUACAAUCGGCACAUCCGACAAGACGGGCCGCACGGAGUCUCAGAUAGCGUCCGAAGAACAUAUCCAAGUGCCUUGCCCCCUCCCCAGGCGGACCCUCCGAGGGAAGAAGAAGAAGAAGAGGCGGCGGACGGGAGAAUAAUAAAGAAAGCCAGGAACAAGAUAAAUCCUACUCCCAUCGAGGAUCGUAACUGAGGCGGAUGACAAGUUAACUCGGCGAAUAAUAACGUCAGCUUGUCAAUAAAACCCAAUGAGGGAUGCCCAUCAGUACUCGGGGACAGGAUUUGAGGAUUUUGAGGGCUCCGUGAUUGUCAGAUGGAAAGUUCUGUUAUCACCCAAGUGCAAAAAGAAGACGUCCAAGUGUCACCGAAAACAGGCCAGGUGAGCCGGUCUGCCCUGAAACAGCCGCGGAGUUGCAACAUCUUCAAAGCGCUUUUCUGUUGCCUCCAAGCUCAGGAUGGCCCCAAAUCACCAGCACUGCCGCCGCCGCCACCGCCGCCAUCACCCUCCCAGCAGGGAUUGCUGGAGUCACAGGAAAAUGGGAUGGUUGUCAAGCUAUCUGAACCAAACCUGCUGCCUGAGGUGACGGCCCAGGACCAAGGGAAGCUGUGUGUGGUCAUAGACCUGGAUGAGACCCUGGUGCACAGCUCAUUCAAGCCUAUUAGUAAUGCAGACUUCAUCGUGCCUGUGGAGAUAGAGGGGACCACACACCAGGUGUAUGUGCUGAAGAGGCCGUAUGUGGACGAGUUCCUGCAGAGAAUGGGCGAAUUGUUUGAAUGUGUGCUGUUUACAGCCAGUCUCGCUAAGUACGCAGACCCGGUGACGGACCUGCUGGACCAGGGAGGAGUAUUCCGGACCCGGUUGUUUCGGGAAUCUUGUGUAUUCCACCAGGGCUGCUAUGUCAAGGAUUUAAGCCGCCUAGGCAGAGACCUCCACAAAACCCUCAUCCUGGACAACUCUCCUGCCUCUUACAUAUUCCACCCAAAUAAUGCUAUUCCGGUGGUGUCGUGGUUUGACGACGUGGAUGAUGCUGAGCUGCUAAACCUUCUUCCUGUGUUUGAAGAUCUUAGCCAAGCUGAUAACGUUUACACCCGGCUGGACCAGCUUCGUGGACAAUAGCUUUCAACAGACCUGCUCGACUCCAACGGGAGCAGCAGCGCUAAAGUUGACUAAAAUAGCCACAUGUAUUCAGAACAUAGACAUAAGUUUCCAGACUGUUCUCUUUGCCUGCGCACAAUCCUUCUGUUUAGAAAACUGCAUUGGUAUGAGGUCAAGGAAAUUCUAAGCCUGGGGAAAGAUUGUUGGCUCAAUUGAAAGUGUAUGUCACAAAGUGAGGCCUCUCCUCUGAUCCACAGUGCUGACAAUAAUCACAAAUCACUACUUUUAAGCACCACGACAGAGCUGCAAACAACAAAAAAACACCAACCAAAGCACUCCCAUCACAAUCACUCAGUUGGUAUGAAUUUUAAAGGGGUUCUUUUGCCAAAGCAGAAGCCUGCCUGUCCUGACUUGACUUUUGGACAUUGUUUUUUGUUAAUUGUGCCUUGUAUGGAACAACAAAAACACCUUUUCUAAUAAACGAUUUUAUACCUUUCA